AUGAAUCCAAAUUGGUUUUCCCUGGCUGAUGACGCGAUUUUCAGCCGACCAAGCUUCUACGAAGUUGCUGCCAAAUAUGGAACAGACAAAGUCACAGCCCACAGCUACCACCACAUGUACGAAAAGUAUUUGCCUGCGUUCCGAAUGAAGCGCAUCAAGAUGCUCGAGAUUGGCCUUGGCUGUGACAUGGGCUACGGUCCUGGAGCGUCCUACAAUUUGUGGCUCGAAUACUUUCCCUACGUGGACCUCUACUUCAUCGAGUAUGACGAACGCUGCGCAAGAAAAUGGGCUCGCAAGACGAGUGGAGCGACCAUUUUCACAGGAGACCAAGCGGAUGAAACAUUCCUCGAAGAGUUCAUCACAGACAGCGGUGGUGACUUUGACAUCAUCAUUGAUGACGGCGGUCACACGAUGAACCAACAAAUCAAAAGUCUCGAGCACCUGUGGAAGACAGUCAAGCCUGGUGGUUACUACUUCUGCGAAGAUAUGCAGACCAGUUAUUGGGACAGUCAUGGGGGUGGGCCGACUGCGUCCAAGGCGAACGGCAACCAAACGUUUGUUCAGCUGGUCAACGAGAUGGUAGAAGACAUGAACUCUGGCGGAGGAAGAGUACAGUUUGAUGGUGCUGGAGAUGUCCUAGGCAUUGAUUGUAUGGCAGAGGUCUGUGGCUUUUGGAAGAGACCAGAAGGACCAGAUAAGCCUGUGAAAACAGACAAGCCAGCCAAAGGCGGUGCGAGAUGA